AUAUAUCUCUCACCUCAUUUUUCUUCCAAUCAGAAAAAUGCAUCCUAAAGGCAUGUAUUUCCCUCUUUUCAUUGCUAUUGUGGCUAUUUUUGUAUCAACAUCCUUCAUGAUAUAUGACCAUUUAACUUUCCAGGUUCAUCGAGGUCAUCAUCAUCGUGAUAAAAAAACAAACCAAUCAAUUUGUGACAAUUUCUCCCCCAAUUUUCCAGCUAUAGAUCCCAUCACAACUUCAAUUCUCUGUGUUGAUCAUAAUGGUUGCUGCAAUUUCACCACAGUGCAAGCUGCUGUUGAUUCAGUUGCAAAUUUCAGCCCGAUACGGAGCUUGAUUUGGAUCAACAGUGGCAUUUAUUUUGAAAAGGUGAUUGUUCCAAAAAGCAAGCCUAAUAUCACGUUUCAAGGGCAGGGGUAUACUUCAACAGCUAUAAUAUAUAAUGACAAUGCCAAUUCUUCACAUGGCACAUUUAACAGUGGCUCUGUCCAAGUUUUCUCCACCAACUUUAUCGCUAAGAAUAUAAGUUUCAUGAAUGUAGCUCCGAUUCCAGGGCCUGGGGCGGUAGGAGCACAAGCAGUAGCCAUUAGAAUAGGAGGAGACCAAGCUGCCUUCUGGGGUUGUGGAUUUUUCGGAGCUCAGGAUACCCUUCAUGAUGAUCGGGGUCGCCAUUAUUUCAAGGAAUGUUACAUUCAAGGUUCUAUCGACUUCGUUUUUGGCAAUGGCAAAUCACUUUAUGAGAACUGCCAAUUGACAUCAAUAGCGAGUCCAGGAUCAAGGUCGAUAAAUGGAGCAGUGACAGCACAUGGCAGAGCUUCAAAAGAUGAAGACAGCGGUUUUGCAUUCGUUAACUGCAAUGUGGGAGGAACUGGUCGGAUUUGGUUAGGCCGAGCUUGGAGGCCUUUCUCUACUGUUGUCUUUGCUAAUACUUUCAUGACUGAUAUUAUUUCUCCUGAGGGAUGGAACGACCUCAAUGACCCUUCAAGAGACCAGACGAUCUUCUAUGGGGAGUACAAUUGCUCAGGAGCAGGAUCAAACAUGUCACAAAGGGCAUCAUAUGUUCAAAAGCUUAAUGAUACCCAAGCUCUUUCCUUUCUCAACUCGUCUUUCAUCAAUGCUGAUUUAUGGCUACAAUCUUUCUCUAAUUAGAAUUUUUUUUAUUUUCUAUGUACGAACAUAUUAAUUACUUCGCAUACGUACAAAUCAUAUUUAAAAACUAAAAUGUAUUGGCUUUUAUGCUUUUAUAUUCUUUCUCAUAUCCUCAUUAGGCGACGAACAGAGAUUGAUGUUGUAUUGUACACAUUAAUAACCAUCAAUAUUCUUGAGCUAGAAUAAAAUGAAUAUUCUACUCUCUUCAUUCC